UGGACGACGACAGGCGUUCAGGUGAACGAGGUCGGACAAGGCGGGCAAGAAGAGCACAAGCAGAAGCAGCAGCGCGUGGUCUUGGUCCCCCUCGUCGCGGGUUAGCCUUUUGAGUCACUUGCGCUCGCCGAGAGGUCGUGGAACAAGGAGAGGCAAGCCGAGCGUUGUGGGUAGUCAGUCAGCACGGGUGCGACGACGGAUUGGGUGUGACGGCAAAGCGACAAUAUGAAUCGUAGCUCGUGGCAUGGCCUCACGGAAGGCCUGGAGACGGCGAUGACCAAGAGCGAGAAUGGGAUACUGCGGCUGCGGGAGCUGGUGGGAUAUCUGAGCAAAAUGGCGGAUGUGCACGAGGAUGCUGGCAAGGCCAUGUCCAAGUAUGGCAAGACCAAGCUGUCCAAGCUGACGCCGAUGGAGACGGCGAGCGAGAUGAGCGAGGCGAUGCUGCAGAUGGUGGCAAUGGACGAGAUGCUGGCCGACGAGCAGGCUGCGUACAGCGGGCCGGCGACGCAGCGGGCGGUCUUCCGGGUCCUCAACGCGCAGACCGGGUUUUGGGCGGCGUUCCAUGCCGACGCAGCGCAGGUGCUGUCGGAGCGGGCGGAGGAUUUGAGCACACUAGUCAAGUCGCAGUCGAGGGCCGUGAGCGAGUUGCAGCGUGCGGUGCGGAAGGAUGUUGCGGAGCUCGAGAGCCGCGAGGCCGACGCCGAGAGCACGCGCAAGAGCUACCAUGAGCGAUGCGAGGCGGCAGCCGAGGCGCGGCGGGCGGUGGAGGCAGCGACGGGCGAUCCACAGGUGACGGCGGACAAGUAUGCGGCGCUGGAGCGCAAGGCCGACAAGGCGCAGCGACGGGCCGAGGAGGCCGAGGCGUCGUACGACGCGGCGCUGGCGGGGUACAACGCGUUUUUGGACGAGGUUGUGGGGCGGCGGCGGAUGGCACGGCUCGACGAGCUCGGGGCGGCGGCGACGGUGCGUGCGGCAGAGACCAAGAGAACGGUGGACGCGCUGAUCGAAGCUCAGUAUCCGCAACCGUGUCCGCACGACCGGUCGCGACAGCAGCUCGGAGUACUGGCGGAGUUUUUGGACGGCGAGCGAGAUGUGCGGAACAUGCUCGUGGCGUGCGGCUAUGAGGGCAUGGCGCCGCCGCCGCUGGCCAAGGACGUGUUCAAGGACGAGAGCAGUGGCGGCAUUGUCCACGCCUCGGCUGACUUUGAGCGUAAGUUUGAGGCGUACGCUGGCAAGCCGUUUGCCGAGGAGAAGGCUGCGCGGCGGGCGGCGCGGGCGGCGCGGCUGCGGGCGCGGGGCGUGUUUGACUCGCCGGUAGGGCGGGAGCCUGCAGGUGAGAGCGGGCCCAAGCCGGACGUGCUGCUGGUCUCGCCGCGCGGCGGAUCGCGGACGCGGCGGCGGCGGCCGUCUGUCUCGAUCCCGCAGAACCGGCCGCUGCCGUCGCUGCCGCCGCAGCGUGGGCGGACUAAGCAGCGGUCGGCGACAGUCUCGAUUCCCGAGGCCGACGAUGAUGGCGACGACAACAGGGCGGCUCCUGACGAGAGCUCCAAGUCAGCACCGACCUCCCCCCGCGCGCGGAGAAUGCCGGCGACGCGGAGCAACCGCAAGAUGUCACUCGGCGGUGCAGGCCUACCGCCGCCCAAGCCCAAGCGCAAGGCGUCGGUGCCGAACGUGGCCAGGCGUGCAAGCGUCUCGCCGAGCAUUUCACCGGAAGGUGCGGUGCCGGCACGCGUCGGGGCGCCGUCGCCGUCGCUUUCGCCGUUGCCAGGCCUCUCGCCAGCAGCCUCGCCAGCGGUGUCGCGGACAGCAUCGCCGAUUCCCGGCGGACCGGCGCCGGCCAAGCCGGCCCGUACCCGAGGAGUCUCUGCAGGCCCGCCCAAGCCGAGUCGCGUCACGCGGCCUCGUGCCGAUUCUGAGCGCAGUAGCACCGUCCACAAUGGCUGAAUGCCAUACUCAUGGCAAGUGUCUUCCGAGUGCGGCGAGGCCGAGUCCCCGUCGCGAUCGUCGACGCCGCAGCCGCGGGCGCUUGAGUCCCUGCUGGGCGCCCGCGCUCAAUCUCAUUGCUCAUAGAAGUGUGCGGCGCGGCGAGAGUGUAAACGCGUAAGAUGUGCA